AGGAAGGAGAGGAGAGGAGAGGAGGGGGCAAAGGACUUAAUUAUAACAGAUUGGUGUGAGCGUAGCCGUGACGUGCGUGGCGAUAAAACGGAAUGCUAUUGUAUUUUAUACAUUUCGAAUUUUAAUCGAGUAACUGAUGCUAACGUUACUGCGUAAUCCUGGUGUUUUGCCCGAGUCUUCCGUGGGGAGGCCUCAGUAGUGAAAUUAUCAGGGAAGUAGCGGCAGCAUCUCGUAGUGGUGUGUGAAUCCCAGCAGGCGUGGAAAGAAAGUGCGUUGUUGUGAGUUGACACUGAUCAUCAUCAUCAUCAUCAUCAUCCGGCCUGCUGAGAAGCGAAGCCGGGAGCUGGAGUUGAGCUCAGAGGACUCACCAUGGCGGUAAACCUGGACAAGGAAGCGUACUACCGCCGGAUCAAGAGAUUAUACAGCAACUGGAAGAAAGGGGAAGAUGAAUUUGGUAAAGUGGAUGCCAUCGUGGUGUCUGUCGGAGUGGAUGAAGAAAUUGUGUACGCCAAAUCUACGGCCAUACAGACUUGGCUGUUUGGCUACGAGUUGACAGACACCAUUAUGGUGUUUUGUGACACAAAGAUCAUCUUCCUUGCCAGCAAGAAGAAGGUGGAUUUCCUUAAACAGGUGGCAACAACUAAAGGCAACGAGAAUGCUAAUGGUGUUCCACCCAUCACCCUUCUCACCAGAGAAAAGAAUGAAAGCAACAAGGCCAACUUUGACAAGAUGAUAGAGGCGAUCAGAGGCAGCAAAGAAGGCAAAACAGUGGGAGUUUUCAGCAAGGACAAAUUCCCCGGAGAGUAUAUGAAGAGCUGGAAUGACACGAUCACGGCAGAGGGACUGGAGAAGGUGGACAUCAGUGCUGUGGUGGCAUACACGAUGGCGGUGAAAGAAGACGGCGAGCUCAGCCUGAUGAAGAAGGCAGCAGCCAUCACCAGCGAGGUUUACUCCAAGUUCUUCAAGGAGCGGGUUAUGGAGAUCGUUGAUGCAGACGAGAAAGUGCGUCACAGUAAACUGGCCGAGUCCGUGGAGAAGGCCAUCGAAGAGAAGAAGUACCUCGGCGGUGCAGACCCUUCCACAGUGGAGAUGUGUUAUCCUCCUAUCAUCCAGAGUGGAGGAAACUACAGCCUCAAGUUCAGCGUUGUCAGCGAUAAGAACCACAUGCACUUUGGUGCUAUUACGUGUGCCAUGGGGAUCCGCUACAAGUCCUACUGCUCCAACCUGGUGCGCACCCUCAUGGUAGACCCCCCACAGGAGAUGCAGGACAACUACAACUUCCUGCUGCAGGUGGAGGAGGAGCUGCUCAAAGUGCUCAAACACGGUGUAAUAAUCAGCGACGCCUACAAUUCUGUCUUGGAGUUCGUCAAGAAAGAGAAGCCUGACCUUGUUUCGAAGCUGACCAAGAACCUUGGAUUUGCGAUGGGUAUCGAGUUCCGAGAAGGCUCCUUGGUAUUGAACGCGAAAAACCAGUACAAGCUGAAAAAAGGUAUGGUGCUCAGCAUCAGUCUGGGUUUCUCCGAUCUGUUGAACAAAGAUGGCAAGAAGGACGAGCAGAAGAAGUAUGCCCUGUUCAUCGGGGACUCAGUACAGAUCAAUGAGGAAGAAACUGCCACAAUACUCACACCAGUGAAGAAGAAGAUAAAAAAUGUGGGAAUCUUCCUGAAGAAUGAUGACGAGGAAGAUGACGAGGAAGAUGGUGACGAUGCGGAGGAGCUGCUGGGUAAAGGAGCUCGCAGCGCUGCCCUCCUCGCAGACAGAACCAGGCUACUUGGAAAGAACGAGAUGACGGCCGAGGAGAAGAGGCGGGCUCAUCAGAAGGAGCUGGCCAAUCAUCUGAAUGAGGAAGCGAAGCGGCGUCUGACAGAGCAGAAAGGAGAGCAGCAUAUUCAGAAGGCCAGGAAAUCGAACGUGUCCUAUAAGAACGUCUCUCAGAUGCCCAGAGAAAAAGACAUCAGGGACAUGAAGAUCUUCAUCGACAAGAAAUACGAGACCGUUGUCAUGCCCGUGUUCGGCAUCGCCACUCCGUUCCAUAUCGCCACCAUCAAGAACAUCAGUAUGUCUGUAGAGGGAGACUACACCUACCUGAGGAUCAACUUCUACGUCCCUGGUAGCUCUCUGGGACGGCAAGAGGGGAACAUCUUCCCGAACCCUGAGGCUACGUUUGUCAAAGAAAUUACGUACCGGGCAUCAAACCUGAAGGCUCCCGGUGACACAUCGGUGCCCUCCACUAACCUGCAGAACGCCUUCCGCAUCAUCAAGGAAGUGCAGAAGCGCUACAAGACACGAGAGGCCGAAGAGAAGGAGAAGGAAGGCAUUGUCAAGCAAGACUCGCUGGUCAUCAACCUCAACCGCAGCAACCCCAAACUCAAAGACCUUUACAUCAGACCCAACAUCGCACAGAAGAGGAUGCAGGGCUCACUGGAGGCACAUACUAAUGGAUUCCGGUUCACAUCAGUCCGCGGUGAUAAAGUGGACAUUCUUUACAACAACAUCAAACACGCCAUUUUCCAGCCGUGUGACGGGGAGAUGAUUAUUGUACUUCACUUCCAUCUCAAGAACGCCAUCAUGUUCGGUAAGAGGCGCCACACAGAUGUCCAGUUCUACACGGAGGUGGGAGAAAUCACCACAGACUUGGGCAAACACCAACACAUGCACGACCGCGACGACUUGUACGCUGAGCAGAUGGAGCGGGAGAUGAGGCACAAGCUCAAGUCCGCCUUCAAGAACUUCAUCGAGAAGGUGGAGACGCUGACUAAAGAGGAGCUGGAGUUUGAGGUGCCAUUCAGAGACCUGGGAUUCCAAGGCGCCCCCUACAGGAGUACCUGCCUCCUACAGCCCACGUCCAGUUCUCUGGUCAAUGUAACUGAGUGGCCGCCAUUUGUCGUGACACUGGACGAGGUGGAGUUGGUCCACUUUGAGCGUGUGCAGUUCCACCUGAAGAACUUUGACGUGGUCAUCGUCUACAAGGACUACAGCAAGAAGGUGACCAUGAUCAACGCCGUGCCUGUCAACUCCCUCGACCCAAUCAAGGAGUGGCUCAACUCUUGUGACAUCAAGUACACCGAAGGAGUCCAGUCUCUGAACUGGACCAAGAUCAUGAAGACCAUCGUUGAUGAUCCAGAGGGAUUCUUCGAACAGGGCGGCUGGUCUUUCUUGGACCCAGAGAGUGAGGGAAGUGGUGCCGAGGAAGAUUCAGAGUCAGAGAUGGAGGAUGAAACUUUCAAUCCAUCUGCAGAUGAAGAAGAGGAGGAGGAGGAAGACAGUGAUGAGGAUUACAGUUCAGAGACGGAAGACUCAGAUUAUAGCGCAUCACUGGGCAGUGAGGAGGAGAGCGGGAAAGACUGGGACGAGCUGGAGGAAGAAGCCAGGAAAGCGGACAAAGAGAGUCACUACGAGGACGAGGACACCUCCAACAGAAAAAGGAAGGGCCGGUCAUCGGCACCACAGCCCCACUCAAAGAAGAAGCGGCGGUCCUAGACGUUUCACCCCCCCCCCCCACACACACACACACACACAAACAAACAAACAAAUACACACACACACACACACACACACACACACACAUACACACACACACUGCCAAACCUAACCAACCAACCCUCUCUUCUACCCACAAAUGGCUCUUUCCAAUUGUACACUUGAGACACACACACACUGAUACAGAAGGUGUACAUAGAUGUAGGAGCCCUUUAUUUUUGUGUGGGUCAGUCACAUGGAAGUACCAGCCAGACAGCCACACACACUUCAUUAGCCUUCCCCCCCUCUUCAUUCCUUUCUCAUCUCUUUUCUUUUCGCCCUCUACAUCAUCAGGGUUUCAUGUCUGUGCGUGUGUGUGCAUGUGUGUCUAAAUGGGUUUUUAUUGCAAGCAUUGUGUUUAUUUUCUGUUUAAAAAAAAAAAAAAGCUAAGUUUCUUAACUAAUGGAUAAUAAACAAAAGACUUGACAUAUCUUCUGCCAAGUGUUUUAUAUACAACUGAGAUUUUCUUGUCGUUUUUCCUCUCCGCCUGCCUCUCCCAUCUCAUUGCCUCCUCAUGUUUCCCCCAAUGUUUCUCAGAAUGUCGUAGAGCAUUUGUUUCCUUUUCCAAGGGGAGCAGACACACACACUUUCUGAUUCUUUUUUUAUCGGGGUUUGUAAACUUAUACACAGGCGCACACACACUCGCAGCAUCUCCCUCACUUGUCCUCUCCUCUGUCCCACCUUUUUUUUUUUUUUUUUUUUUCAUUCUGAGUAGAUAUGUUGUUGAACUGUUGAUUCAGAAAAUCCUGUUUUUGUUUUUGUAAUAAAAUUAAAAGAACCUGUA